AUGCACAAGGCUUGCUUAAAAGCGAAGUCUAUACUAACACCUCUUCUCUUCAGUCUUCACACACCAAAGAUUCAUCACAACUCCCUAAAUCUUCCUAUCUUUCUUCAAUCUUCACUCUCGCAUCACCUAAGAAAGAGCCCUAUCUUGCGUCGCAAGUCUCCACCAAUAGGCAAUAAUGCAUCCAUCAACCAACAUUUUCAGCCUCCAAGGUUCUCCACCUCCGAUGUGCAAAACCCUAAUCCAUUUUACAGCUUCCAAAGUGGUGAAAACACUCCACAGUUCACGAGCAGCAAUAACGUUAACUCGACUUCGGAUGAAGCUGAAGAGUAUCAGAAGGGUAUAGUGAAUGAGAGGAAGCAGAGGAAGAAGGUAUCAAACAGAGAAUCAGCGAGGAGAAUGUAUGAGGAAGCGGAGACAGCUCGAUUAGCUUUGGUCACAAGUAAUGUGGCUUAG